AAGGAUCUGACAGGUGGUUGCUACCCUCUCUAGCUAAAAGCGAAUACCGUGCCAGCAGUUUUUAAUCCACAAAACGCCAAAACCUCGCUGCCGGCUAGCAUGCUGGGAAAAACAGACAAGACAAGCAGCUCUAGAGCUUUUUUAAAUGCUAACGGAGCUAUUGCUACAACCACCGAUACCACCUAAACAUCUGUUACCGAACUGAAGACUGAAAUGGACACUGAGCUACCUACAGAACUACUUAUCGGAUCACACAGUCUGACCAGAAAACCGCAUCCCGCAGUCUCGCUGACACUCACCAACACGUGCACGGCAGCUCGCGCGCUCGGGCUCUACAGCAGCAGCAACGGCAUCACCGUUGUCCCGCACAACACGAGCAAACGGCGCCCAGCACGGGACAGACCCCGCACCCUCUCACUGCAGCAUGACAACAGAGUUUCAUAACCUCCAGGAGAUGCAGCACACUGCAUCGCUGGUAACAAAGGUGUUCAUACAGCGAGACUACAGCGAAGGAACUGUGUGCCGAUUCCAGACCAAGUUCCCCACAGAGCUCGACAACAGGAUAGAGAGAGCUCUGCUUGAGCAGACAGUAAAGACCCUGAACUCUUAUUAUGUGGAGGCUGAGAAAGUUGGUGGUCAGUCAUACCUGGAAGGAUGCCUGGCUUGUGCAACAGCAUACAUCGUCUUCCUCUGCAUGGAAACACGCUAUGAGAAGGUCUUGAAGAAGAUAUCAGGCUACAUCCAGGAGCAGAAUGAGAAGAUCUACGCUCCGAGAGGUCUGCUGCUCACAGACCCCAUAGAGAGAGGAAUGAGGGUUCUGGAGAUCAGCGUGUUUGAGGACCGGGGCUCAAGCGGCUCUAGUCCCAGCAGCAGCAUGUCAUCGUGCGGCACUGCUCGGUGACUGGAGGAGCAGCACCAGGCUUACGGGUACCACCACAGAGGCAGCGGGACACUCACCAACAUCCGCAUGUUGAAACAUGAGAGCACCAGGUUCUAAAGACGAGCAGAAAGACGAAAAAUCCAAGGAGGUGAUCCACAAGAUUUACACACUCUUCCUGUUGAGACCUUCGACUAACCACCAUUGGACAAGGAUCUGGCUUGUAUAAAAGUUGUGGCUACUUAAAAUAAUCGACCUAUGUCAAACAAAACCCACAUAUCAGCUUGUGACAAAAUGCAAAAUCCAUAGUCUAAGAAGAUAAAACUUUUACUUUUGAAAAGAAGUGAAUAAUUUUUCUUCCAUUUCGUCAUGUAUGUUUUAUGUCCUAACGUUGUCUGCAGGCUGACAUGAGUUUAGGCCUGUCAUCAGUGCAUGACUAGUAUCAUUUCACUGUCAUUAUUCUGUGCUCAUUUAUAGUCAGGGUAUUCAAAAGUCUUUCCAGCAGCACCAGCAUCUAAAAUGAGGAUAAGUUACUGAGCCCCAGGAGACACGGUGUUCUUGCAUUUGUUUCAGGUAGUUGAGGUCAAGUCGCGUUGAAUGGUGGCAAAUUGGGCUUACCAAAGCCCAAGGCUUCGUUCAGAGGUAUUUGGCAUAAAUGUCAAACUAAGAACAGUGUGAUUUAUUUAUCUUUCUUAUUCAUCAGAGUGGAUUAGGUGAUCUGCAUCACAGCUGCAGGCCAUAUAUGCAGACAUAUUUACAUCAUACCACACCCAAGCAUUAGAUAUACAGUAUAUGCAGUGAAGGGGACAUGUGUGCACAUGUAGUAUAUACAAUGAGACACAUACGUGUGCAGCAUGUGCUUAUGCUUUUCUACUCACACUGAGAUUAUUCUAGAGUUUGGAUAUGAAAAAGCCAGGAAAUAUGGUUUCAGCUCUCUGGGAACAUAUUCAGAGGUUUGGACAUUUUUUUUUUGCUUUCUCUCUCGAUAAUAGUUUUGAUGUCUGGCAGUUUUUAUGAUUUUGAAUUCACUUGCAGUCUAGUGUGAGAUGAAAGCUUGCAGAUCUUAACACUGUCAGAAACCCUUUUCCCUAAACAUACUUACUGGCUUCCUAAUAAAGCUGGAAGAGAGUGGGCUGUUAUCAGUGAAGCUGGAGACUCUGCAGUCAUUAAGCCGAGAAAUGUGUUUCUGUUUGAGGGCUGGAGCUCGCAGGAGAAUCGGCCCACACAGAGUUAAAGAACUAAACCUUAUUUAGCCUGUGUUUACGGCUGUUAUGUAGAUGCAGCUUGUGUUAAUAAUUCAAACACAACAAAAAGACAAAAUAUAAAAAGUCUUGGAAUGCACCGCAUCCAACUGGCACACUCAGAGAAGAAGAAAUGUGGAAAAGAAAGUUCUGUCCAUUGUAGGGUUUUAAAGUUUAGAUAAAAUGGAUUUGCAUUUUACAAUGUUCUGAGAUAGUUGGCUUAUGGUUUAAAAAUUGCACAAUCUUUCUGCUGUGGCUUUCCUACAGUUUAAAGACGUUAGAACGAGCUAAAAUACUGGAGCAACCAGAGUUUUCCCCAGCUGUUUGCAGCAUAGAGUAAUGCUGUGAUUCCCCUCUUCCACCAUGCUGCAGAGUGAAAAAUGACUACUUCACUUUUCUCUGGCUUACAAGAAAGAAAGACGAAACCACCUGUCAGAAAAUACUUCUGGUCAUAAAAACAUGUCAGUCAUGGCUUGAAACACAAGCUGUAAGCUUCAAGUCUAUCUUACACCUUCAUCAAUUCCUGUCCCUAUUUUGUAGCCCCACAUUGCUAAUAUAUAUGUUAGUAUAAAAUGUCCCAUAGUGAUGGCACCAUUUUGUUCCUGGUAAAAAUACAGGGGCACUAUGACUUGUUAUCCCAAGGCUCCAAAGUAAAACUACUAUUAUUGAUAACAGCAGCCUGUCUUUGUGCAGUCAACUACUACAUGAGCAGAGUCUGUCAGCCAAUAAAUCUGAUAUAUAUGUUAUUAAAAAACAGAAUAAUGGAAACAUUUAAUGUUUUGCUCAAUAAGGACGAGAUUUAUUUGUGAACCAAUUGUAAUUUAGCAGUAUGAUUUUAAAUUAUUGCUUAAGUCUAUGCAUAAAAUACAAAUAAGGCCAAAUAAAUAACACAGUUGUUCUUCUGAAAAUGUAAAAUUUUUCAAGCAACAGUAGGAGCAAUAUGACGUUUGUGGGUUUUUAAAGCUAAAAACCACAAAACCUUGGUUUUGUGUAAAACCAAGGUUAUCAUAUCC